AUGAUAGCAGAUAUAGGUUUCUCGGAGGUGGCGACGGGUGGGGAAAGACCAUCGCUGGACAUCGUGAUAAUCCACGGGUUGGGAGGCCAUCCUAGAAGAACAUGGCGUGACCGGAAAACCAAAGAAUUCUGGCCUCGGGAUCGCCUAGCCAAAUCGUUCUCUCGUGCAAGAAUCCUGGUGUACGGCUACGACAGCAAGAUCUCCAAAUUUGUCGCUGGAGCAGCAAACCAGAAUUCAUUCUUGGACCACGCGCAGAAUUUACUGUUUGAUCUAACAGUAGUUAGAAAGGGGGAUCUUACGAGGCCUUUACUGUUCAUCUGUCAUAGCCUAGGUGGUAUCAUAGCCAAAGAUAUCCAUCGAAGGUGCGAGCCUGGGAGAGGGGGCUUAGAGAAAGAACAAGGAGAGAGCAUUUCCAAGUCAACCAUUGGUAUCAUUUUCAUGGGCACGCCCCACCGAGGUGGGAGCUACGGGCCACUAGGCAAAGCUACAGAGCGAAUCGUAAGGUAUUUCGGUUUCGAUACUAACAGCUCAAUCCUCCAUGACUUGGUCGGCAACGGAACAUCUUUACAAAUAAUCCAAGAAGAGUUCCUCAUGAUACUUGAGAGACGUUCAUCAACCCUGCCGGUCUAUUCAUUCCAAGAAGAGAAUGGGUUGGCUGGAGUAAGGGGGCUCAAUGGCAAAGUUGUCAACGAUAUCUCAUCAAAGUUGGGUUACCGCUAUGAAAUUGUAGCCAAACUGCCUGGUAAUCAUAAAAGAAUAGCCCGACCGGAUAAAGCGCCGGGUGAUUGGAUUGCGUAUAAUCGGCUUGCACAUGCUGUCGCCUCAUGCGCCAGAGGCAGUGAGCGCCCAGUUUUACAACUACCUUAUGGGCGUGAUUCUAACUUCAUCGGACGAGAAAGCGAGCUUGAAGAGAUCCGUGGUUUCAUUCUUACAGAUAAAUUCUUCGAGUGUGCUAUCGUUGGCCUAGGAGGGAUCGGAAAAACUCAAGUUACCAUCGAGUUUGCGCAUCGCCUCUGGGGAACAGAGAAAUCUAUAUCAGGAAAACAAAGGCAUUCUAUAUUUUGGUUAUGCGCUAGUGAUGCUCGCAGUCUAAAGCAGGACCUGACCCGUCUCGCGCAUAUUCUCGGUUUCGCGGACGAAGACGAUUAUCUGUCAGUCAUACAUGGCUGGUUCGGCGGAGAACAAAGUGGAAAGUGGCUCCUUAUUGUCGACAGCGCCGAUUAUGAAGAUAUAUUCUUUAAAUAUCAAGCCUUAUCUCGUAACCAAGGGAAAAGACAGAGGUUUUGUGAAUUUCUCCCACAAAAACGGGGCUGUGGCAUCCUAUACACUUCCGGAAAUCAGAGAUUGAUUCACAAUUUAAUGAGAAGAAGCAGUCGCCAAGAGUUUAUAACGAUUAAUCCAAUGAAAACCGAGGAAUCCAUCGAAUUCGUUGAAAAAAGAUUGGACAAAAUAACUCUCGACGGGUUUCCUUUGGCCCUUGUUCAAGCCACAGAAAUGAUAAGGGUGUGCCAUGACACGGCUAGAGACCCAAAGGUGUAUCUAGAACUCUGGAAUGGAACCAAACAAGAUCAGAAAAACUUUGACUUGCCAAAUGCAAUAUUUCACUCUUGUGCGCUUGCUAUUGAGCAGCUUAGGAAGCAGGAUGAAGACAAAAGUGGGAUACAUUUACGUAUACUAUCUCUCAUCAGUCUACUAGACAGAAAUAGUAUACCAGAAUGGCUUCUGGAACACUAUCUACAUGUGCCCCAACCCCAACGAGCUCAAUCUCUCGGCACUUUACAGUCCUUUUCGUUUACCCACCUUCAUCAGGGUACCGACAGCCAAGGCCAGGAAUGGCGAAUGCACCGACUAGUAAAGAUGGCGAUCCAUGCUUAUACUGGUCAGUGUUGCAUGGAGAAGACCCUUAUAGAUGGCUUAGGCUUGCUCGUGAAUGCAUUCUUCCAAGGCAUCUAUCGGAUUAUUGACGAAGCCUUUCGAUAUCAAAGAAAUUUAGAGUUCACCACACAUGCGCAAAGCAUGCUCUACUUUCUUGACAGUAUAGGGGGGUCCAUCCACCACGAAAAUAUCGAUUUAAAACGUAUUCAUAUAAUGAAGCAAACUAUAGAAGACUUGCAAGCCGAUCCGAAAGCAAGCUCCCAGGCGACGAUACCCAGAAAGAGGUGAAACUAAACGUUCGAUGCGCGUUCAAGAGAGUCUUGAAGGGCGAUAUUGACUCGUUUGAGGUGUCUUAUAUUUAUUGGGACUUGCAGUAUUUGAGGGGGAAGUUGUUAUGUCAUAUAGGUACGUCGCCACUAUGGAGCGAUCCAAUAUACACAUUUAGUACGUUAGGCUUGGAUAAUUGGGAAUGGCAGAGGAAAACUGAUAUUAUUAACUUGGCGGUCAAUCAAAAUUCUUCGUACUAUCUGACGCCUUGACAUUGUCAAUUAGUCUGCAACAUUCGCAAGGAUACAGUGGUUACCUA